AUGAAGUUCCUCACUCUUGCGCUAAGCGCAACGGCAGCUGCCAUGGUCAUAGUCAACCCUGAGCAACAACCUCUAGCGCCGUCAAUUGUUCAAAACCCUCAGUCCAAGUCUCUAAUCGAACUGGCCCCAUACCGGACCCGAUGGGUAACCGAAGAAGAAAAAUGGUCGCUCAAACUGGACGGAGUCAACUUCAUCGAUGUCACUGAGGAAUACCAGUCAGGCUCCUACGGAACCCUCCACACCACACGGGUCGUCCACUACCCAGGGGUCAUGGAGCACUCACACGAGAUUCUGCCUUUGACUGAAACCCUCGACAAGAGUAACAUGAGAAGCAACCUGGAACACUUCACAUCCUUCCACACGCGCUACUACAAGUCGCAAACGGGAAUUGAGUCGGCGACCUGGUUAUUCGACCGAGUGACUGCCGCCGUGCUCGAGUCUGGUGCCAGCGACCACGGCGCAACCGUCGAGCGCUUCGCCCAUCCCUGGGGUCAGUUCAGUAUUAUCGCCCGCAUUCCCGGCCAGACGGAUAACACCAUCGUCCUCGGUUCCCAUCAGGAUAGCAUCAACCUGUUCCUGCCUUCGAUCCUGGCUGCUCCAGGCGCGGACGAUGACGGAAGUGGAACAGUUACUAUCCUCGAAGCUCUUCGCGCCCUGCUGCGGUCGGAGACUAUCGCCCACGGAAAGGCCCGCAACACCAUCGAGUUCCACUGGUACUCCGCCGAGGAAGGUGGUCUGCUCGGGUCGCAGGCUGUAUAUGCUAAUUAUAAGAAGAACCAGCGGAACGUCAAGGCUAUGCUCCAGCAGGACAUGACUGGGUAUGUUCAGGGUACUUUGGACGCUGGCGAGAAGGAAUCUGUGGGUGUUAUCAUCGACUACGUCGAUCAGGGCCUUACUGCGUUCAUUAAGGAGGUUAUAACUACCUACUGCGAUGUGCCUUAUGUCGAGACAAAGUGUGGCUAUGCAUGCUCUGAUCAUGCUUCUGCUAGUCGGUACGGAUACCCCUCGGCAUUUGUGAUCGAGUCUCAGUUCGAGAACUCUGAUAAGAGGAUUCACACUACCGAUGACAAGAUUGAGUAUUUGAGCUUCGAUCAUAUGCUGCAGCAUGCGAAGAUGAGCUUGGCUUUUGCUUACGAGCUGGCUUUUGCUCCCUUCUGA